GAUAGUAAUCGGCGGGCUUCGAGCGGACCUCCAGCGGGCCCACAGCGCGCCUCGGACGGGCCUCGAGCGGGUCUUAAUCAAACCUCGGCGGCGAGCUGGCGGCCUAGCGUACCUGACCCGCGCGUUCCGACGUGAGCCAGUUCCGACGUAGAGCGCGAACGACUAAGGCUAAUCCUAAUAGAACCGGCUAGAUCGCGUCCCGGACUCCGGCUCGGCGCAACGAUCGGACAGCGAGGAAGCAGCGACCGGAAACGAUGGGAAAGCCGUUACACUGGAUCGUAAUAUUGCAGCUAUCGUCCACGUUCGCUUACACGUACGAUACUUGGUAUCGCGGGGACACGAAGCGCCCAGUCGACGUGAUCACCGACGUCAUCAACGAUCUUGGGGUGAAGAUUCUCCAGCAGUAUUCGAAUCAUGGGAACGUGGCGUUCUCGCCCACGGGGGUUGCUUUCGUGUUGGCUGCGCUCUACGAAGGAUCCGCUGGCAGAGGCAGCCAACAGAUCGUCGACGCCGUGGGAUUACCAGCCAACCGGGACGUCACCAGGAUCGGCUUCAGGGAUAUUCAUCGACGAUUGAGAAGCUACCUGAACGCCGACGGAUUUCUGGGUGGGCUGACGCUGAGCCGAGAGAACACCAGACUCCGGCCCGAGUACGAGGACAUUCUGAGGUUUUACGGCUUCGAUCUGUCGAGCAUCGAGCAAGAGGCGAACGUUACCGUUAGCGUGGAGGACACGUCGGCUACGACCGAGCUCCCGACUUCCACGGUCGACUUGACUUCACUCCCGGUCGAGACGACGAGCACCGGGAGUGCGACCGACACGGCGAUGUUAACUACGAACGCCACUACGCUCUUCUCUACGGCCGCUGAAACGACGAUCGCGCCGUCGACCGCAGCAGCGGCCGCCACUCAGCAAACUGUCACGACACCCAUGGCUGCCGAUGUACCAACAACAUCAGCUCCGGCUAGCACUUCCGGGCCAGUUCCUCAAAACACUCCGGCGCUGCCCGCGAGUUCCCUAACUACCGUCACCUCCGGCGAAAGCGCUCAGCCAGCUCCGUCCACUGGUGUGGAAAACGUCGCGGGCCAACCACCGAGCAUGGCUACGACGCCGAUGGACAGCCAGACUAGUUCGAGCACGGCGAGCAUGAUCGUGGUCGCCGGCAAUCAGAAUCCCCAAAUGCCAACAGCCGCCGGCGAUACCGCGACGAACGAGGCUACCACGGAGUCAAACGUGGGAGAUACGAGUACAAACACGCCGGCGGUUCCUAACACGAGUAUUCGAGUACCGACCGGCGUGGGUACGACGAUACUGACGGGGUCUGAUACCGAAGUUCCUUCUACGUUUGCCGCGAACACGGAGAUGCCGGUCGUGACGAACGCGACGAGCCCGAAUUCGUCGGCCGUGGAGACGAGUACCGAAACGACGGCAGCUGCCAGUACGAUUGUCGUCAACACCGUUACCGGCGAAAUUUCGAAUACCGCUAUCUCGAAUUCUCCAGCUCCCGUGACACCGAUAACUCCAGCGACUAUCCCGAAUCCCGCCAGCGGGACGAUGAUGGAUAACAGCAUUGUCCCGCAGCGGAAUACCGAGCCGUCAAUGACGCCGGGCAUUCCGCUCGGGGAAACCUCGGGAACGGGUAUCACGAUCGAUCUUACGACGGCGUCGAUGACCGAUGGGACUUUGGCACCGGUUAGCCCCGCAGGACCAGAAACGACAACAGUGAUAUCACCUGUCCCAGCGGCGAACGGGACUUCGGACGACCUCGCCGGAAACUCGAAUAACUUCACGAUUGCGGCUGCCGCGGCAAUUGAUAAUCAGACAGUCGCGUCUCUCGUCGUGGACGAAAAUACCAUCGCGAUGAGUCGGAAGAAGAAAUCGAUUCGGACCGAAUUAGAAUCGGAGAUGAGGGAUGUAACGAACGACAACACCGUUAAAGACGAGUCGACGAGCAAUGAACCGGCGGAACUUCGCAAACGUAGAACGAGGAGCCCGCGCGGGUAUUUUUCCAGUUAUCCAGACGAAGGCAUCUGGAUGCAGGAUUUAGACAUUUGGAAGUCGUAUAGCACGAUGAGUCCGAGAGAAUCCUCUGAAGAUUCUACAUCGGAAAUAGCGUUUUUGGUGAACGGUUGCGACAUUUAUUCGGUCUCAGGCUCCAGAUAUAUCGCCGUGCUGCCUUUCGCGUACUUCCCGUCGUUGCACGCUGUCGCGCUCGAGUUUCCCUUGGACGAUCCGCGAUACAAUAUCAUACUCCUCAUGCCAACGGAUAGAACGGACACGCAUCGUCUGGCGAGAGAUCUCAGCGGGAAGUCGUUGAGAUCGUUGAGGAAGCGAUUACAACCUACUUGGGUCAGGGCCACCAUACCUUCGUUCAUGUUGCGCGGUUUUGUCACACUUACGUCAUUUUUACAGAGGUUGGGAAUCUUGGACGUGUUCGAGCCGAGGGUGGCCGAUUUAUCACCCAUGACAGCUGAUCUCGGCGUAUACGCCAGGGAUGUGCAACAGAGUAUAGGGGUCAAUAUAAGGAAUUAUAUGAAACCCGACCGAACCCAUUCUCGUGAGUCGUCUAAUGUCGAAUCCCCCUCGAUCGUUCCACCUCGAAGGGACUAUUAUCGAUAUCGAUCUGCAGGUAACGGUCUGUUCGAGAGAGCCGGGCCUGUGCCUUUCACGGCUAUGCAUCCUUUCCUUUACUUCAUCGUCGAUACCGAGACUUCGGUGAGUCUGAUCGCCGGUCGAGUGGACGACCCGCUUAAUUCGAGAAUAUUAUAAGGAUGUAUCUAAGGUACUUAAGGUUUAAAUAAACACUCGUUUAUUUGGCGAUACUUAUAAA